UGAAGGUAGGUUCCUUCCUUCCUUGUCUAGAAUAGAUCGCAUCCGAAGUCCAAAGAAAAACAGUUGUACAACAUGAACAUAUCGUUAAUGUCACUACUUUUGUUUUAAUAAAAGUUCUCUCUCUCUCUCUGUCUCUCUCUCACACAAACACACACCGUUUCAACUCUACUCAACUGCUUCUUCUUCUUCUUACUUACUACUUUCCUUUUUAUCAGGUGUCCUGAUCUUGUUAUUUGGAGAAGACGAGUUAAGGGUUUUUAACUAAGUUAAGCAUGAUAAAAAGGAAUCCGAGUAGUAGGAAUCAAAGAUCUAAAGGCUUCAAGGUAAAACAUGUUCUUCAAGCUAUUCUGUUGCUUGGUGUCUGCUUCUGGUUGAUCUACCAGGUUAAGCACAAUCACGACAAAAAGAAGGAAUUUGAUAAAAAUGAUACGAAACUGCCGAUUAGAACCGAGACUGAUCAGAUUCUGAAACUUGGUAGAAAGGACCUUCAUCCGGGUAAGGUUGAAGCAGAUAAGAAUGAAGGGCAUGAGGAAGAAGAGGAAGAUGAACAUAUUGUAUACAAUAUGCAAAAUAAACGUGAACACGAUGAACAGCAACAAGAAGGAGAAGAAGGAAACAAGCACGAAACUGAAGAAGAAAGUGAAGACAAUGUGCAUGAAGGGAGAGAAGAACAGGAUGAAGAAGAAAAUAAGCAUGGAGCAGAAGUGCAGGAGGAAAAUGAAAGCAAAAGUGAAGAGGUGGAAGAUGAAGGAGGAGAUGUUGAGAUAGAUGAAAAUGAUCAUGAGAAAUCAGAGGCAGAUAAUGAUCGUGAGGAUGAGGUUGUGGAUGAAGAGAAAGACAAAGAAGAAGAGGGUGAUGAUGAGACGGAGAAUGAAGACAAGGAGGAUGAGGAAAAGGGGGGUUUAGUUGAAAACCACGAGAAUCAUGAAGCUCGGGAAGAACAUUACAAGGCUGAUGAUGCCUCUAGUGCUGUGGCACAUGAUACUCAUGAAACUAGCACUGAAACAGGUAAUUUGGAACACUCUGAUCUAAGCUUACAAAAUACCAGAAAACCUGAAAACGAAACAAAUCAUUCUGAUGAAAGUUACGGGAGUCAAAAUGUUUCUGAUUUGAAGGUUACAGAAGGUGAAUUGACAGAUGGAGUUUCUUCGAAUGCAACUGCUGGUAAAGAGACUGGAAAUGACAGUUUUUCUAAUGAAACAGCCAAAACAAAGCCCGAUAGCCAAUUGGAUUUGAGCAGUAAUCUGACAGCAGUGAUCACUGAAGCAAGCAGUAACUCGUCAGGCACUGGUGAUGACACAUCAAGUUCAUCUGAACAGAUUAAAGCGGUGAUCUUAUCUGAGUCUGAUCAUGCUCAAAAUGCGACAGUUAAUACAACAAUUACUGGAGAUAUGAAGCAAACAGAGGGAUUAGAGCAGAGUGGCAGUAAAAUUUCUGAAGGAAACCUACCUGGUAAUGAUUCAAUUGUUUCUGUUAAACCUGAAAGUAGAGUUGCAGCUCCUGAAGAAUCUUCGACUCUUGGGGCUAGUGCAUUAGAGAAAACGACCGGAUUUGUAGCUUCAAAUGAAACUGUUAACAUGUCUAGUAAUUUGGAUAGAAACGCGAGCUCUGAUACCACGGAAAGUGACAAAUCCAAAGGUAGCACUGAAACCAGUGAAGCAAACGAAGCUCAGAAUGUUGAUGCUACCGAGGAUGAGAUGUUCAAGGGUGAUACUCAAACAGGUGAAACCGAUGAAAAAUUGGACAAUUCCUCUGUCACUGAAAUUUUAGAUUCAAUUGAACACGACACUAUUGAUUCUUCGGAUACUCAAAACAUACAUGAGGAUAUGGCAAAGGCUCGAACUGAUCUUGACACGUUGCCAGAUAUUAGAAACGAAGGAAAUGAUAGUGAUGAAAAUGCAGCAGAGUGAAUUUAGAAGAUGGUCAUUGGGUUAUUGAAAAGUGUUUUUUCAGUCUUUCUUCUGACCCUUGGUGUUUAUAUGACAGAUCCAUCCACCUAGUUAUAGAGAACCUUUUGCUUGAUUCAAAAAUGUGUCAAGACAAGAUCUUCAAAGGUACAUAUGGUGUGGAUAUUUUUAUGAUUAUGUCAGGGUCUGGAUAUGUAUAAUUUAUUUCUACCUCCCACUUUCUGCUACUAUUGCUUCCUUUAUUUUUAUUCUAACUUCUUAUUCUUUCCUUUCUCCCUAUA